UUCGAUCGUUGGACGCGGACACCGCAUCAAUCUCUUUCCGCAAGUCGGACACCGAGCUUCAUCUUCCAUCUUUUGAAUUGGCACAUAUUACAUAUUCGUGUUAAUCCCAGAAGUAUAUUCGCUUCAAAAUAUUUGCUGUUGACUUUACCGGUAUUCUCACCAUUUUACAUAUCUUGUUCUUCAAUCAUGGAUUCACGAGACUAUGCAUUCAAAGCAUUCGGCGAUGGAGACCACAUCUACGCUACAGCCCAUUGGUCCAAGUCAAAAGCCGAUGCGCCACUCGGUAUAGCUCUUGCCUUUCAUGGUGGUGGUUUCGUCGUCGGUUCUAGGAAAAUGCUACCUAUGGUCUCCUUGUACGACGGGCCCAUCCAAGAUGCGAAGGAUGUCUACGCAUGGUGCAAAGAUUGUCUUCCAGGGCUGCUCAAAAAUGACGCGAGCCUUGACGUGGAUCCUUCCCGCACCGUCGUAUUCGGCCAUUCAGCCGGCGGUUGCUUGGCUUUACAUACGGGUGCUCUCCAAGAUCCCCCACGUGCGAUUCUCGAUUUCUAUGGUGUCAAGUGCACAACAGAUCCUUUCUGGUUUUUGCCUUUACCGGCUCUUGUGAUGAUCCCGGCACUUAACGAGGCAUUCAUCAACCAGGUUUACAAGGAACCAGUGUCCUCCAACACAAUGCUCUCCCUGGAAAGUGCGACUAAGACCAGUGAUCAGCCAAAAACGAAAGGCUUACCUCGUCCUGACCUUUCGGUACCGAGAAACGCAUGGCUUUUCGUUACUUUGAAGGAAGGCACACAGCUUCCGGCCAUCGUCCAGGAUGGAGAUUACAAGCGUAUUGAUCCCGUCAACUCCUUCUCGGACAAGUUCCCGCCGACGUUUUUCAUUCACGGCGAUGCAGAUGGUAUGAUCAUCCCUAAGUUCAGUAUCGACGCCAAGAAGAAGCUUCAAAGCCUCGGCGUUGAGACUGGGAUUUUGCUACCUGAGGGAAAGUCUCACGGCUUUGAUGUUGGCGUCGAGGUCGAUGAACUGGACUUUGUCAGUAUUCGUGCCGGUCUUGAUUUCUUGAUCAAACACGCAAAGCGCUAGUCGUUCAGCUUUUUAAAUAUUCCACAAUAGUUACCAAGCUUAGAUUGACUUUUCCAGCAACAAUAAUAAGAUCACACGUGCUUGAACAGACGAAUCGCAUUCUCCCGGCCCACCAGCUCCUUGUGAUUGUCUUUCAAUCCCACCGUCCGCCACCAUUCCUGACCUUCCUUGACCUGAUCAUAUGGUGUAUCUAUAUUCUGGUUAGGAUGUUUUCAGGGAGAACCUCUUGAGUAAGUUACGCACCUAUCGAGUACAAACAUCUCUCGACUCCAAGAUCCUCGAUACAGAAUUUCAAUCCAGGAGUCGAAAAGUUUCCCGAUGUAGUGAUAAAGAUAUUC